GACGCCGUGAUUAUGUGAUACCGGAAUGAAGGAGGACGCCGAACUUAUCUCCAUGGUCCUUUGACGCCCUGUGUAGUGGGAUAUGGCCGAAGUUGUGGACGUUAAGAAGAUCAUGAAGAUUGGAUUUGCUCAUUUAACAUCUUCCUGUUUUGUGUUGUCGAUUGAGAUUCCAUUUGAUCCAUCGUCUAGGAAUAUCUAUACAGUACUGUUACCUCAAACAUCUUUUCAUCAUGGAUACAUUAGGGUCGUCGUUGAAGGAAGCUGUGAACGGUAUCAAGUCGGAUUUCCCAUGGAGCAAAACCAACCUCCCCAAGCAGUUGUACAUCAACAACCAGUAUGUCAACUCCAAGAACAGCAAGAAGAUGGAGCUCUUCAACCCAAAGGACGCAUCUCCAGUAGCCGACGACAUCCCCCUCGGCGGACAAGAGGACGUCGACGCCGCCGUGGCAGCAGCAGAAGCCGCUUUCCCCAAGUGGAAAAAGACGCUUCCGACCGUGAGGCGAGACAUGCUCAACAAACUCGCCGAUUUGGUCGAGCAGCACGGUCAGGUUCUGGCGGACAUUAACCGUCUCACUCUCGGCGCACCGUGGGCAACCUUUGGGAGCUUGGAGAUUAAGAUGGCCAGUGACAGUCUGAGGUACUUUGCGGGCUGGACGGAUAAGUUUCCCGGCGAGACGUACCCUCAGGAAGAUGGCUUCUUGAAGAUUGUUCGCAACGAGCCAAUUGGCGUUUGCUGUGGAAUAAUUCCCUGGAAUGGCCCUGUUGGGAUCAUUGGCGUGAAGGCUGGUCCCGCGCUUGCAAUGGGCAACUGUUUCAUCUUGAAGCCAUCGGAGAAGACGCCGCUUGCAGCUCUGGCCUUCGGUACCCUCAUCGAACAGGCCGGGUUCCCGCCGGGCGUUUUCCAAAUCGUCUCUGGCGAUGGGAGCACAGGAGCACUUUUAGCUAGCCACAUGAAGGUGCGCAAGAUCAGCUUCACAGGCUCGACCAACACAGGCCGCAAGAUCCAGGAGAUGGCGGCCAAGAGCAACAUGAAGCGCGUGACGCUCGAGCUUGGCGGAAAGUCGCCCGCAGUCGUCUUCAAGGACUGUAACCUCGAGAACGCAAUCACCUGGUGCGCGAAUGCCAUCACGGCGAAUACGGGACAGGUGUGCAUCGCUGCGAGUAGGGUGUAUGUCGAGGCGCCGAUCUACGAUGAGUUCCUCGCUGGGUAUAAGAAGGCCAUGGAGGAGAAGCUCAAGGGCGUCGGUGACCCGGACGCUGAGGGAACUACCAUCGGCCCACUGGUUGAUAAAGCUCAGUUUGAGAGGGUUCAAGGCUUCAUUGAGCGUGGUCAGCAAGGUCAAGGGACACUUUUGGUUGGUGGAGGCCGAGUUGGUGAGAAGGGCUACUAUGUCGAGCCCACCGUCUUCGAGGGCGUGGCGCAAGAUGCAGAGAUAGCUCGGAAUGAAAUCUUUGGGCCAGUGUCCAUCAUCAACAAGUUCGAGACCGAGGAGGAGAUCAUUGAGAAGGCCAAUGAUACAAACUUCGGGCUCAUGGCUGGCGUCUUCAGUCAAGACAUCAAUCGUUGCUUGAGAGUUGCUUCAGAGAUUGACAGUGGCAUGGUGGGAAUCAACUGUAUCAGUCUGGUGUUCGUGACAGCGCCGUUUGGUGGUACCAAGGAGAGUGGGCUGGGUCGGGAGGGCGCGAUCAAUGCGCUGAGGACGUUCACGGAGCCCAAGACUGUCAUGGUAAACUUGACGUACUGAGGAGACAAUGAUAGCCGUACAUCAUUGUGUAUUCCGAAUAGCGGGUCAUGUCAUUACUACUGCCCUAUGACCGCAGCUACACGGCGCCUAUCCCAUCUUCAUGUCUCAUCGGGUCGUCUCUAAAGCUCUCGCACGUCAUGAGGAGUGAUGGUAUCCUAUGAUCUAGCCAUAUUCUAACAACCCAUCAUCUCAGAUCUUGGACUGUCUUCCAGCAACUAGGCGCGCCCCUCCAUCGACCUCGAUGACCACGCCAUUCCUGCCCAAGAGGAUCAGUAUGGAACAUUUGAACCCAUCGGAACCGCACUUACACGUAUUUCGCUGCUUGAGAAC